UUGGGAUUUAGAAAAGCCAUAUAGUUAACUAUAUUAACUCUAUGAAUUUUGUCGAUGGAUAUCAAAGAAAAUUAAUAACAAAAACAAUUUACAGAGACGUAAAAGUGAUGUAAAAUAGACCAAAAGGGAAGCGUUAAAAAAAUAAUCAAGUGAUUUUAUAGCAAAAAGGGUAUUAUUAUGGAUUUCAUGAAGUCGGAAAGAGCAAAAGAGUCGUUUGGACCAUUAAUUUUUGAAGAAAAUCGCUGCGAUCUAUUACAAAAUGUUGACACUCGAUGUUUAUUGUGUGAAGACGAAUUCAACCUGCAAAUAUCUCUCCCUAUGUUCCUAGCCCAUAUUUUCGAUGUACAUAAUAUUGUCAUUGAAGAUGUACAGAAUAUUGCCAAUUUACAUGACUAUAUUAGAUAUUGGCAACAAAAAUUCAAGAACACAACAAUUGAACAAAUAAUACCAUCUAUCACUUUUGAUUCAACGAAUCAAAAAUAUUUUCUAAUGUCGAAUUUGUUAAAGGAAGAUAAAGAAUUGAGGCAUAAGUUAAAAUUAGAGUAUGCCUUAAAGGUACAAGAGUAUGAAAGAAAUGACAAAAGUUUCAUUAGAUUUUGUUUAAUGUGUAAACUUUGCUACGAGGGAUCAAGACAAGGAUAUUUAGAGCACCUUUCAGUUCAACACAAUUUGCAGUUGGGUAAUCCCCAAAACUUAGUUUUUGUUGAUGAAUUAAUAAAUACUAUAGAAUCCAAAAUGUCGAAUCUUCAAUGUAUAUAUUGUGAACGAAUCUUCACAGAUAGACACGUUCUCAAAGAACAUAUGAGAAAAAAGUUACAUAAACGCAUUAAUCCAGAAAAUGAGGAGUAUGACAGAUUCUACAUUGUUAAUUAUCUAGAACCCAAUAAAUCGUGGAAAACUAUACUAAAAGAAGAUGAUAGAUAUGCUAUCAGUAGAGAAGCAAAUGCAGAUGAAGAGUAUUCUGAUUGGAAUGAAAAAGAAGAUCAAAUAAUAUGCUUGUUCUGUAAAGCCAAAGAAACUGAUAUUAAUGUAAUAUGCCUACAUAUGGAAGCCGAACAUGGUUUUAGUUUUACAGAUAUUACAAAAGAUUUGGAUUUCUUUCAAAAAGUUAAACUAAUAAAUUAUAUCAGAAAACAAAUUCAUGAAAAUAGAUGUUCAUAUUGCCAAUUAAAAUUUGAAACUUUUGUCGACUUAGAAAAACAUUUAACUGGGGAAAAUCAUUAUAAAAUACCACACUUGAAAACAUUUGAUCAACCUGAGUUUUAUUUUCCAACUUAUGAGAACGAUGCUUUUUUAUAUUUGAUCGAUGAUGUUGAAGACAAUUGAAAAUGGCAAGCUAACAUGUGUAUACAGCUUAAAUAUAUAUGUGAAAA